AUGAAGCUCACGUUGGUCAUCAGGUUUGCGGCAACAGAGCCCAUCCCAGACUUGGACAUCCCGUUGACCAUCAACUUCGACAAGGACGACGUCAAUACGUUGGUCAAUGCAGGAUGGAUCAAGAACGUCAUCCGCAGUAAGGUGCCCCAGAGCACCAGCAACAGAAUCAGAUUGAUCUACAACGGACGAGUUUUGAACGAUAAGACCAACUUUAGGCUGGAGGUGCUCAAGCCACCAGCAGACCCCUCUACAGAGCCCAGGGAGCAGCAGAUCUACAUCCACUGUGUGAUCGGGGAGAAACUCACAAAACAACAACUAGCGGAGGAAACCCAAUUGGAUAACCGUCCCCAGGAGGUAUCCACAACCACCCAGCCGAUAGGUUUUGACCGCUUGCUCGAGCGUGGGUUCAGCCAGGAAGAUAUCAGCGAUCUCAGGCGCCAGUUCAUGAUGAUCCACGCUGACCAGUUCCCCACCAACCUGGGGUCAGAUAUCCACGAUCUAGAGGACGAGGAGGCUCGCAGGCAUACGCUCAGGCAAAUGGAGGACCGCUGGAUCGAGAGCACUAUCAACGGAGAUACCAACAAUGGAGGAGAACCGGUACCUGGAGUACCGGCACCUAGUGCGGCAGGAACCGGAGAGGCCCAACAGACAACACCCCUGGGAGACUUGGAGGGUUGGCAAGAUAACCGCGACAUCCUUUUAGGAGUUCUUUUGGGAAUCUUUUUGGGGGUGAUCGCAGUUAUCUUCAUCCAGGUGGACGACACUGUGUUCAACAAACACACCAGGGCGGCGAUAUACAUGGGAUUUUUCAUCAACUGGUCGCUUGGAAUCAUCAGAUUGGGUUUGUGGACGUAG